AUGUGGGUCUUCGGUGGUCGUGGCGGUGUAUCUGUGGGUUAUGAUGAAUUGUACUACCUGCACUUCAAGGCCGAGAGAUGGAGCAAGAUCGAGGCGGCCCAGGUCUCCAGCUUUGGUCGUUAUGGGCAUUCCGCUGUGGUGGACGAGUCUUUGCGCAUGUGGAUCUAUGGCUAUGGUGGCUUGAGCUAUGAAGGGGACUGGUACUACCUGGAGCUCAAGGCACGGCCAGACGACCUCAACAUCUUCGACUGCCAGCAGCACUUCAACCCUUUCAACCACCUGGAGUCUGUCAACCUCCACAACAUCCACAACAUCCACAGCAUCCCCAACGCCCACAACGUCCACGAUGUCCACAAUCUCCACAACGUCCACAGAUCCAAAGCGAAAGCGGUCCAAAGUGAUCCACGGUCCAAAGCGACCGGCGUCGCCAUGGGGAGUUGCCAUGGCCGUGCAGCUGCGAAAUGGUGGGAAGAGACCACUGCUCCACAUGUUCUCAGCAGCCCUUGGGUUCGCUUUCCUCUCGGCAGGGUACUGCGCGGAACUUUCAUGGUGGUCACCUUCGUGGUAUGGUUGGAUGCCACAUUUUUGAGAGGGGGAACAGUGUCGUACCUGGACCCUGAACUUAGUGACUCAACCAUCCUCCCCCUUGCGCUGAUCUUGGUGUGGUAUUUUUGGGUCGCAAGUCUGUGGUUCUUUUACACGUCAAGUUGGGAGAGCCUCAGCGGUUCGUUGCUGUUUGCCCUGGGAGCCACGAUCAGCACAUGGACCAUGGUCCAAGACUAUUGGGUGGCCAGCAGUUUAGGCAGCGUCUACGCCCUGGUGCUACUGUUGAAUUGUAGUGUACAUCCCCUGGCCCUCCUGCCAAACAACCUUUUCGGCGUUUUCUGGGUUAUUUUUAUGAGCACAGAAACUGAUCACUUCGAAUUCGAUCCAGUGUACUUUCCGUUGGAACUCUAUUCCCUGAGUUCUGCAUGGAUCUGCCUUGUGGCCUUCACAUGGGAUUUCACGCUUCGAGUGAAGACAUAUUUAGCUGUGAUGGAAGCGACGGAAUCAGCGGAGCAACGAACAGCCACAUCGGACAGGUCGGACAUAGCUGAUCCUUUCAGAAGGUCUUUGGGAGCCUGCUGCUUGGUGCUGGUGGCAGGGGUGAACAACUGGUUCUUUUGGGCUUGGGUGCUUUGGAUCAAAAAGCAGCAGGACUCAGAUGGAAGCUUUCACUACUGGAAGAAUCAUUUGCCAACAUGCACCAUGGCAGCACCCUUUCUUGGACUUGCGUGCAUUUCUUUGGUGCCUUUCUUGCGCAAAUCUUGCGCGGUCGACGUGGCAAUGGCAAUGUUUGGCUGUUUGCCCGCCACUAUGCUUUUACUUGACUGGGUUGUAGCUUUGCGAAGUGCUCACCCUCGCGACGAUCCCAUGUUUUAUUCUUUUGCUCGAAGUUUGUAUGGUUUUUGCGUUUCCCAGCAAUUGUAUUCUAUGCAGAUGCUUCUGAACUUUGGCACUCAUCCCUUCAUUUGUCUGCCUGUGACUUUGAUUUUUGUGGGCUUCAACCUCAUCCCUUCAACUUUCUGGAUGAACUCUGUGAUCGAAACCCGCCUCGGCACUCUUCUCUCUUGCCUUCAGAUGGUGAGUCAUGCCAUGAACUAUUUCCCGCGCAAAGCCGCUCUGGCCGCCGCAGCUCCACGCGAGCACGAGGAGCACAACACAGCUGUGAAUUCCAUGCAACUCGCGGAGCUGUAA